GAUUCCGCUUCCUCUCAUAAAAGAAAACCCCUCUUUUCAUUCUCUUCGUAGUGUAAGAGCAAAGAAAAUGGUAGGCGGAUCCAAAUCGAAUCCACCAAAGCCUAGGAAGAGAGUGGACGCUGCUUCAACCGCUGCCCCUGCCGCCUCUCUUGUGCGUGCCAAAGAUGGCAGUGCUUUUGCCAAAUGUGAUGAGUGUAACAAAACUGUACCAGUGGCUCUUAUUAGUAUGCAUAACUGUAGCCUGGAUACCAAAAUCAAAAUGAAUUUGGAGGCUCAAGUUAUUGAGAAGUCUGCUGAAGUGAAGAAGAAAACUGCAGAAAGAAAGAAGCGUUCAUCAACAGAAUCAAGUCCGAGAAAGCUGAAGAAGUUAAAGAAGGGCAAAGAUCCUAAUGCCCCCAAACGUCCUCCUACUGCCUUUUUUUUGUUCAUGGAUGACUUUAGGAAAUCUUACAAGGAAGCUAAUCCAGAUGCAAAGGGUGUUACAGGGGUUGCAAAGGAAGGUGGUGAGAAAUGGAAGUCUAUGUCAGAAGAAGAAAAGAAGCCUUAUAUUGAUAAAGCUGCUGAGCUCAAGGCAGAAUACGAGAAGGCUUUGGAGGAAGCCAACAAUGCUGACAAUGAAAAUGAGGAAGAGGAAGGAGGUUCGGAGAAGGAAACAUCUGCUUCUGAAAAGGAGAAAGAAGUGUUAGAUGAUUAUUAGUCAGUGGAAUAGUUUUUUUCCCGCAAGAAUUUCUUGUUUUUAUCUUGUGGCUGUUCUGUAAAUUUUUGAAUGUCCUUUUUAAGCUAAUGGAUUCUAGCAUGUGUCUGGAUAUGUUGAGAAUCAUCAUUUUUUCACUUUUCUAAUCAUGUUAUAUUGUCUUCUUUGACAUGUGAAAGCUGAAACAAGUGCUUCU